CGCCCACGGCUCACCCGGUAGCGGUACCUGAACCGGUACCGUGGAGACGGUCUACGGGUCUAGGGAGGGUGGGGGGCUCUGGCCUUUCAUCUCUGGGCAAGCACCAGCCGCCGCAAUUCCUUCCUUCCUUCCUUCCUCCUUCGUCCCCUCCCCCCAUCUCUCCCUCUCGAAUCGUUCUUCCUCUCUCCUCCCGGAAGGAGGAGCGAGUGUACAGAGGGGAUUUCGAUUGUUCCUGCAUUCCUUCCUGGAUUGCGAGGAAUUAAUUUUUUUGAGGGGGUAAUCCAUCUGCCUUGGUUAAUUGUUCCGUUGACGCCCUGUUCGGCAGAUCUUUCGCAUGAACUCGUGUUCGAGCUUAUAUGGGUGCAGUGGUUGCAUUGGUAAUUUAAGUAAAUGCCAGUCACCCCAAGAUUCUAAACUGCAAGCAUCUCUAAGGAAGAAACCUAACCAUUCUCCCAUUGGAAAAAGAAGGCGAUGUUCAUCGGGUCCAGAAACAAUGGAGAACAAUGCUAACUUAUCAGUCUCUCUUGAGGGAAAUGUCUCGUCACUUCCCAACUCAAUAGUCAAUGAGUCUAAGAUGUCAGCGGAAAAUGGGAAAGACACUUCAUUCAUCAAUCAUGCUGCUAUGGCAUGGGCUAAGAUGAGAAGUCAAUGGAUUGGAGAUCAGGAGAAAGUUCCCAAAGAGGCUGCACGAGAGCCGAUAAUAAGUUGGUGCACAACAUAUGAUGAUCUCUUGUCGACAAGUGAGCGUUUUCCACAGCCAAUUCCAUUGAGAUGGUUGAUUUUUUGGUCGACGUGUGGUAUGAAGAAGGGCUCUAUGAUUAGCUGAGAGCAGCUUGUUCAGAAAUGUAGCGAGGUGAAAAGGGAGUGCACAGACUUGCAGCAGCGUUGGUCUAAACUUGGGAAUCGAUAAACUAGUUUACUGUAAAUACAACUUCGCCUUGUUGAUAAUUUGAUAUAGUUCCUUGCAACUUGGGCCAUAAGCUAUCAGCUAUAUGUUGCUAAAUCGCUGAAAGCACGUUGUAGGCUCAUAGCUGAGUGCAUGUUAAAAAAGGGAAUGGUCACGGGAACAGUACAACGGUGAACUGUCCCGAAAAGAGCCCUUUUUCCUCGUAUGUUGUGUGCCAUAGCUUCUCUGACUGUAGCUCC